AGUGAAGCGGCCGUACGCUGUCCGGAAGACGACAGUUGGGCGAGGAGGCGAGUGACAUAACAGCCGCGCGCUCACGGCUUCUGACGGUGGCCGCUGCGUCUGCGUACAGGGAGCUGGUUGCCGCUGCGGCCGCCUGGAAUUGUGGGGGUUGUGUCUGCCCCUCGGCUGCCGGGCGGGAAGCCGAAGCCAAGGAUGCAAGAAUAAAAAAGGCCCCUAACUAUGCCUCACCAGGGCCUGCUCCUAUUUAGGAUGGCUCCUCUGGGCAUGCUGCUGGGCAUGCUGAUGACCUCCUGCUUCACCUUCUGCCUCAGUCAUAAGAACUCGGAGUUUGCACUGACCAACCCAGAGGAGAGCAGCACCAAAGAAACAGAGAGAAAGGAAACAGCAGAGGAGGAGCUGGAUCCCAAGGUCCUGGAGGUGUUUCACCCGACACAUGAGUGGCAGGCACUUCGGCCAGGUCAUGCUGUUCCUGCAGGAUCCCAUGUGCGGCUGAAUCUCCAGACUGGGGCAAGAGAAGUGAAACUCCAAGAUGAGGACAAGCUUCGAAAUAAUUUGAAAGGGUUGAAAAAAGGCAAAAGGCUGGACAUCAACACCAAUACCUAUACAUCUCAGGACCUCAAGAGCGCACUGGCAAAAUUCAAGGAGGGGGCAGAUAUGGAGAGUUCAAAGGAAGACAAGGCAAGGCAGGCCAAAGUUAAACGGCUGUUCCGUCCCAUUGAGGAGCUGAAGAAGGACUUUGAGGAGCUGAAUGUUGUCAUUGAGACUGACAUGCAGAUUAUGGUACGACUGAUCAACAAGUUCAAUAGUUCCAACUCCAGCCUGGAAGAGAAGAUUGCGGCACUCUUUGAUCUUGAAUAUUAUGUCCAUCAGAUGGAUAAUGCACAGGACCUGCUUUCCUUCGGUGGCCUUCAAGUGGUGAUCAACGGGCUGAACAGCACAGAACCCCUGCUGAAGGAGUAUGCUGCGUUUGUGCUGGGGGCUGCCUUUUCCAGCAACCCAAAGGUCCAGGUGGAGGCCAUUGAGGGAGGAGCCUUGCAGAAGUUGCUGGUCGUUCUGGCCACGGAGCAGUCUCUCACUGCAAAGAAGAAGGUUCUGUUUGCCCUGUGCUCCUUACUGCGACACUUCCCCUAUGCCCAGCAGCAGUUCCUGAAGCUGGGGGGACUGCAGGUGCUGAGGAGUCUGGUCCAGGAGAAGGGCAUGGAGGUGCUGGCCGUGCGCGUGGUCACUCUGCUCUACGACCUGGUCACUGAGAAGAUGUUUGCUGAGGAGGAGGCCGAGCUGAUGCGGGAGACUUCCCCAGAGAAGCUGCAGCAGUACCGCCAGGUGCACCUCCUGCCAGGCCUUCAGGAACAGGGCUGGUGCGAGAUCACUGCCCACCUCCUGGCACUGCCAGAGCACGAUGCCCGCGAAAAGGUGCUACAAACACUGGGUGCCCUCCUGGCCACCUGUCGGGACCGCUACCGUCAGGACCCGCAGCUCAACAGGACGCUGGUCAUCCUCCAGGCUGAGUACCAGGCACUGGCUGCCCUGGAGCUCCAGGAUGGCGAGGAUGAGGGCUACUUCUGGGAACUCCUGGGCUCUAUCAACAGCUUGCUGAAGGAGCUAAGAUGAGGCUGCCCCUGCCACUGGGACUAGACCGGGAUGCUGCUAGUGAGGCUGAGGGGCACCGGCUGGGGUGGGCUCUUCAGGGGAUACCAGCUAGGAGGGAGGACUUCCCCACUGGGGCCUGGGCAUCAUCUGGGCAGUGCUGGCCUGGCCAUUAAAUGGAAGCAUGAAGGCCA